AUGGGUAUCGUCUUUGGUCGAAUACUCGGCUCCAUCUUCGGGAACCGGGAAGCUCGGAUCCUCGUCCUCGGCCUCGAUAAUGCCGGCAAAACCACGAUCCUCUGUAGGCCCCCGGGCGCUAUCCUACUGUCUCCGCUUUUUCCGGGUGGAUUGUCGGAGUUGAUUCAUUUUCUGUGGUUGCAGAUCGGCUGCAGAUGGGGGAAGUUGUUUCGACGAUCCCAAGUGGGUAUUGUGUUGCUAAUCUCCAAUUCUACCGUUAUUUGUAAAUCAUUUCCUGUCUCUGACUACUAAGGGCUUGUCGUAUCUUUCCCGCCCAAUCGUGCAGCAAUCGGUUUCAACGUGGAGACUGUGCAGUACAAUAAUAUUAAGUUUCAAGUCUGGGAUCUAGGUACGCUCAUAUUUUUUCUAUAAAGAGCUCUCUUCCGCACUGUUCGUUAGCUUAUUUCAGACAUUGCUUGUGAUGGUUUCUUAUGCGCUACCGUUGCCCCUGGAAACUGUGCUCGAUUCAUCCCCUUUCCGAUAUUACUCAGAUUCUUGAUGAGCUCAUCCGUGCAAUACAGUUGGAUUAUUUAUCUAUCAAUUUUUCGAGUUUUUGCAAUACGCAAGCUUGAAUGUUGUACCAAUUCGAUCGAUCCGGAAUGGAUCUACUUUAGUACCAGCUAGUGUUAGUAGUACAACAGAAUGUUCCCCGGGGUCCCUAUGUGGUUCUUUGCACUGUUAGUAGCAUAGAUCGAGGAGUUGGACCCCAUAGUUGACUUGAGCCGCUCGCUAGCUGGAGACCGUCUGAUCCUGGGAACUGUCACUUUGUAAACGUUAAUCCUAUCUUGUGAUUUUCUUGUUGGGGCCUUUAAUAGGGAUAUCAAUUCCAGGAUCAUGUAUAGAUGUCUACUUCUUGUGAGGAUUUUGAUAUCUUGGAGUGAUGGUUUUGUUGUGACAUUCGCUUCCAUUGAUAUGUUUAAAUAUUUAACAUGCCUUGGACAUGCAAAUUCCAGAUACCCAUGCGUUUUUUUCCUUAAAACCAUCGAUGAAGUUGUCUAGUGUUUAAAUGGGGCAUUGCAAUUUCAAAGGUUUCAGUGGACAAGGUGGCAGCUUUCAUAGAGUUAUCAUUUUAUUUACGCCUGUGUUGAUUACAAACAUUUUUAUGGAUGAACAUGGGUUUGAUUACAAAAGUCAGCGAGCUUUGUAAAGAAUAGGCAUUGAGAUCUAAAUGCCAUUGUGUCUUUGUAAAUACCAUGUUAAAUGGGUCUCUGUUCCUGACAUCCUUCGCCAUCUUGUUUUUGUCUGUAGCGAAUGUGACACGAAGGUAUCAUGUUUAACGAUUUUCUUCCGACGUAUGCUUAGUAAAGAAACAAAAAAUCAUGGCAAUCAUCGUUGUCGAAUUUUCUGCUGUUAAUUUUGCCUGUGUAGCCAAUGUCUGUUGCAUACUUUUAGGACUACUUUCAGCAGCACAUUUCUGCGAGGCCCUGGUUAACUUCCAUAUCCUUUCUUUUUGGAACAGGUGGACAAACUAGCAUCAGGUAAUUUCGUAACUUCUCUCCUUAGUCUGUCUAGGUCCAUGUUCUUUAUAUUAGAAUUUCCAAUUCAAGAAUUUUUUUCAUCAUCUUGUCUUGAGAUGAAGUAUCAUACCAUUGUCAAUAAAUUCGUUCCUAGAAUGUUUACAAGCAAUCAUGUAUGGGUGCUUGAGUGUAAAAGUAAGUUUCUUAUUACAUGGUCUCCUUGGACUAAGCUUCUCUUUCCAUUUUCGUUAUUUCUUCAUAUCUAAAUACUGAAGGUUUUCUUAGUAAGUUUUCAUGGUUUAAUUUAUCAUGUUGUGGCACAAUCGUUUGUCCAAAUAUGGUGUUCAUUUAUAGUAAUCUGAAUAUUGUAUUUGACAAGCGCACAAUGUACAAUGACCUAUAAUACUUGCAUCUGCAUAUCUUUCAUUAUUCUCCACCAAGUGCAAAUUGAUGAGCAUUCAUGAUGAUGAGACCACUUCAAUUAUUUGUUACAAUCAAUUACAUUGAGAGAUCCAAAUAAAUGCUAAGACUUUUUUGGGUAAGCUCAUUUUUGAGAUAAACAUCAGCUGGUUCACCACUAGCCAGAAAUGAUGCACUGGCAGACCUUAAAAAUUAGAACAUAAACGUUAAAUAGUUGUGCACUACGGUUCUAUUAUUAGGUAAGAGUUAAUGCUUCAGACUAAAUUGCUCUGACCAUCGUUGAAUCGUGAGAAACAGAAAGGAUGUGUAUCAAUGUGGAUUAACAUAUUGGGAUUCAUUAAUUGCUUAACAGAAGAUAGUGCGUAAAUCUAAGCUGCUUUUCAUUUUUUGCCGUUUAUUUGAAUGACGAGUAAUCAUAGCAUUAUGACACCAGGUGCCCUGAAAAAGCUUUUCGUUUAGAAUCGCAGGGCUGUGAAACAAACAAUCUCAUAGUUUACAUCACAAAGCAACGUGUGGCACUGGGAGCAUCAUCACUACACUGAUGAUGAUCAAUCUUUUUUUGUUAACUGAAGUAGCUAAAUCUCAAUCUGUUCCCCCUGUUUGACAAGAUUUUUGUAAUUCCACGUAUACUUCUAGCUGUAAAUCAUGAACCACAAUUUUUAUCGCCUGAUUGUCGGAAAUUUGGAAUUUGUGGGAGGUUUGUUUUACGAUAUCACUUUUUGGCAGAAAAAUUGUAGGGAAUAUGUAGAUUGGCGUUCCUGUAAUUUUGAUGGUGAUUGAAAAGAUGUGAAAUUUCACUUUGAAAAGGAGGGCUUCUGUCUUUGUAUUAUUUAAAAUAAAGUUGUGUCAUGCACAACCGCCAAGGGAUAAAAGUUCAUGGACUCAAAUUAUUUCCGAAAAUAUGAGACCCUUGAUUUAUUUUUUUUCCCUUUUCUUUUGCAUGUUAUUCAUCAACAUGACGAGGAUCCUAUCAGAGACGUGCCCCCUGGAAAGCUUUUCAUUUUUUUCUACUCGUAGAGAUUUUUUAAAUAUUUAGGUAUGCUUGCACGGUGAUAUAAUAUUCAUCCGCAAUGUUUCUUGCGUAGAGGAAAAUUUUCCUGCUGCAAGAUCCCACCAGCUCGUGGAAUUUAUCUCUUUAUUAAAAGUGGAUUGGAUUUUCUAGAACCCGUAAGAAUGAUUACAAGCUUGGUCCUGCACCUCAUCUGUAUGACCUUUUGUCUCCUUUAUUCAUGAGUAUAGUUUAAUUGUAUGCCACACAUAUUUUCAUCAACAAAGCAGACUUAGUUUGGCCAGUGCAGUAGAAGUAUGCCAUCUUGACUUUUGAAUGCCAUAUGUUACACUGUGUUAAAUAGUUGGUAAAUGUAGAUUAUGUUUCGAUGCCAUUUGGAGAUGGAAACAAUGAUACUGAAUUGAAGAGAAGAAAAGGUGGAAGAGGAACUUAGUUGCUCCAUUACUUACUCUACCCUUAUUGCUCAUUUUGAUUUUUCUGCCAUUCCCUCUGUUACUCACGAGUUCUGGGACUAAUAAGAAUGUGUUGAUGAGGAUUUUAAAUGGUGCUUUUUGUUUGAAAUAAGAAGUAUUCUUUGUGGAUAGAGACGGUGAGUUGGUUUAAUCCAAAAACCUCCAUAUUCGGAGAUGUACUCCAACACUGUGUGCGUAGGAUUGUUGUAUAGCUCUCUCCAGGUCACCCAAUGGACUUGGUGGUAACCAAGGUGGUUGUAAAACUUCUUGAUAGAGAAGAAAUGGUGGAAGGUGAAUUUUGGUAAUACUUACAGUCGGUAAUAUCCCAUUGGGAGCCUUGUUGCCUGGCCAUGGAGAUCCAUGUUUAUCUUUUUUCUUUAUGUUGCCAAAGAUAGAUCCAGGAACAUGGUCCUGGCAUUCUUCAGGAGUUCAAGAGGAAGCUGACAUAGUAGAUGAUUGCUUUCUAUCCUACAAGGGAGACUGAUUAUUGGCUGUCUGCUUGCUAGAUUGCCCACUUGUGUUGAUCAGUGGUGAUUGGGAAUUGUUCAAAGAAUGGAGUUUGGGACAUCAACAUUGUAUUUCGAAUCAUUAUCAGAUGUGGGUAGAUAUUCUUCUAGGCAACUAAUAUUUUUAGGGCGUGGGUCGUUUGUGGGUAGACACUUUUCCAUAUCAGUUAUCCCCAUUUCUGUGGCCAAAGUGUUUGAAGGAUUAGGGAAAAUAAUACAGCGAACUCUAUACUUACUCUAAAGAGGGUUCAGAUGUAAUGGAAAUGAUCAACCCAUUGGAUUGUGUUUUCACUAGAGUGAACGCCUUUAAUCAGAAAAUGGUGAUCACUACUUUUUAAUAAAUUAUGCUCAUUAAUGGUCAAAACCAUGGAAACACUUUAGGUAUUAAAGCAGCAAAAUUUGCUAUUGUAUUAUCAUCGGGAUGCGUUUAUUAUUUAUGCUGGUUGUAGAAAUUUUGAUCAGUGACAGUUCUUGAGCUCAUCACCUUGUUCUACCGAUUGGAUGUAGGCCAUAUUGGAGAUGCUAUUUUCCAAAUACCCAAGCUAUCAUAUAUGUAGUCGAUUCAAGUGACACUGAGAGGCUUGUAAUAGCAAAGGAGGAGUUUCAUGCCAUUCUGGAGGUAUGCCUCCUGAAUCUUCUGCUUACAGUGUUUUCCUUUAGAUCCGGCUUAAAUUGUGGAGGGUUUGUUUAACUGUGAAUAUAUAUAUAUAUAUAUAUAUAUACUAGUCGAGGGAGAAUAAUUGCUCAGAAAAUCCAUUUCAUGCUGCUAUUUUCUCAUUCCGGUCGUUUAUUUAUUUCUCUCAGGAGGAAGAACUCAAGCGAGCCGUUGUCCUCAUCUAUGCAAACAAGCAGGUUACAAGAUAAUAAUUAAUUAAUUAAUUAAUUAAUUUUUAUAGUAAUGGGAAAAUUACAUCUGAGAGAGCUUCCGUCAGAUACUGAUCCUACCUGCGCUGACCUUUUGUUCUUGUGCAGGAUCUUCCUGGUGCUCUUGAUGAUGCGGCAGUGACAGAGGCCUUGGAAUUGCACAAGAUCAAGAGUCGCCAAUGGGCCAUCUUCAAGACGUCGGCUAUCAAAGGCGAAGGGAUAUUCGAGGGCUUGGACUGGUAAUCUAUGAUUUACCCUUUCAUCACGUCAUGCUCUUCAUUCGUUAUUCAUGACAAAAAAUAAUAAUUAAAAAAAAAAGUCAGCGGGUGGUGCAGAGGGAUCUGAUCUUCUCUCUCCGCCUGAAAUAUUAUUAGAUAAACUCCACCUGAAACAUUAAAAUGUCCUUUUUCCUUUGAAAAAUGUGGGCUUGCCGAUUCGGUUUCAUGAUCUGUCGCAUUGGUGGUUGACCCGUCAUGCUGCAGGCUGAGCAACACGUUGAAGGCCGGAGGUGGCUGA